CAUCCAAGGCUUGGGAUCCCAACUAACCCUCUCUCAGUCUCUCUCUCUUCGUUUUUUUCUUCCUCUCUCUCUCCUCUCUUUCUCUCUCUACCCGACGAAAGGGCUUUCUAGGGUUUCUGAGGCGCGCGCCUAAACGGCUCCCGCGACGAGAUCCAGGUUUUGAAUUGGGGAUCCUCCGAAGGAGAAUCUAGGGUUUUGUUUGACCAAUCGCAUUCAAUUUCUCCUCCCGCGCAUUUGUUUUAGCUUCGGGUUUUGCCCUAAUCAUUUGCGAUCUAGGGUUUUCAGCUUUGGGGGUUUAUAGAGAGAGCGAGAGAGACCCGAGUAUAGGUUUUGCUCGUGUAAGUGUUUGAAUUCCUUUUAUCCUUCGUUGCUUUUUUUGUUGGGCUCUCUAUUUCUUGAAGGAGCUUUCGAUCUGAGCAAUCGGAAAAAAAAAAAGCUGCUUUCUUUUGGGGGUAGUGGGUCGAAUCCGAGUGUUUGAACAUUCCCAUUUGCUUAGAUUUUCAGAUUAUUGUCAGAAAUUGUUUGUUGAUUUGCAUAUUGGCAACUUGUACAACUGCGAAUUUUGAAUUUCGAGCAUUUGCUUGGACAUCAAAUAACCUGAAAUUUUUUGGCCUUUGACAACAGAAAAGAUAUAGUACCAACAAUUUGGUUAAUUGGGAAAUUUGGGGUUCUAGGUUUCGAACCCGAAGGCGAAAAUUUGGACAUUUUUGUAUUUUGGGUGUCAUUGGAUUUAACAUUGAGGUACUAAACUUAAUUGCUACAGGCUACAGCUGAUAUGUGCAGUAAUUGGGAGUGUAUCUUAUGGCACCAACUGUUCCAAUAGAAUUCACUGGACAGAAAGAAAGGAAGUGUUUUCCUUCGCAGAUGAUGGGAAAGUCACGGAAGUACUCUAAAGGGCAGUUGUCUGGUUUUGUUCCAGAUUACCGGCAUGCUGUUGAGACCUUGGCUGAAUCGGAGGGGUUUGGAAGCUCAGGACGCGUAGACACAGAAAUGACAGCUUCGGAGGAUUCAUGUGGGCCUAAAAGGAAAUCCAUUAGUUUGAAUGUGGAUGGUUAUGAUGGUUAUGGGGUGCCAAUGCAAGUAUUGCCGUUGUCGCGGAUGUCGCGGUCUGAAAGGAGGGAUUUGGAAUUGAGGCUGCAAUUGGAACUUGAACAGGUACGGGUUCUUCAGAGGAGAAUUGCUACUAUGAGUUCCAGUGUUGCUGUACUAUCCCCAUCUAGUGAUAUUCGGAGUUGCAGUGAUGGGAAAAAGAAACCUCCACUCGAUAGAUAUCAAACAUCAUCAGCAUUUUCUGCGCCUCAAGGUAAGAGAAAGGCUCCUCCUGGGCGUAAUGGUGGCCGCACGAAAAAAAGCAUGUCGAAACCUUUGGAGCCAUCAAGGCCAUUGGCUCCAGCCACCAAUUCAAAUGCUACGUUGAUGAAACAAUGCGAACAAUUGCUGACCCGCUUAAUUAAACAUCAGUUUGGUUGGGUUUUCGAGAAUCCAGUUGAUGUGGUGAAGUUGAACAUACCAGAUUAUUUUACGGUCAUUAAGCAUCCAAUGGAUCUGGGCACUGUGAAGAGCAAGUUGAAUUCAGGCGUUUACUCUUCUCCAUUAGAGUUUGCUGCUGAUGUGCGGCUUACUUUCUCAAAUGCUUUGACUUACAACCCUCCUGGAAAUGAGUAUCACAUUAUGGCCGAGACCCUCAGUAAAUAUUUUGAGCAGAGAUGGAAAGCCAUACAGAAGAAGCUUCCAGGAACAACUGGUUUGCAGUCUUUGCCUUCAAGAGCAAGACCGGCUGUUCGUGAAGAAACCAAUACUGCCCUAUUGCCACCCUCAAAAAAGAAGAAAAGUACACCUGUUGAUACUGCUAUCAGGCCUGAAUCUUUUAAACGCAUCUUGACUGUUGAGGAGAAGGUUAAACUCACGCAGGAGCUGGAUGAUUUGCUGGGAGAAUUGCCUGAAAAUAUUGUUAAUUUCCUAAAAGAGCAUAGCAGUAGUGAAGGGCAAACUGACGAGGAUGAGAUUGAGAUCGACCUUGAUGCCCUUAGCGAUGAUACCUUGUUCGCCUUACGGAAGCUUAUGGAUGACCAUCUUUUGGAGAAACAGAAAAGGCAGGAGAAAGUUGAACCUUGUGAAAUGGAGAUUAUUAACGACUCGGGAUUUAGCAACUCAUCAAUGCAACCCUGCAAAGGCAAUGAUCCAAUUGAUGAGGAUGUGGAUAUUCUUGGGGGGAAUGACGCUCCUGUUUCAAGCUUUCCUCCAGUAGAGAUAGAGAAAGAUGCAGCUCACAGAAACAGUAAAUGCAGUAGCGCAAGUAGCUCCAGCAGUGAUUCAGGCUCUUCAUCUAGUGAUUCUGAUUCUGGCAGUUCUUCAGAAAGUGAAUCCGAUGAUGCUAAAGCUCCAGCUUCUAUUGGUGGAGGAAAGGAAAAUCUGGGUACUGGAGCAAAUUCAGACCAAAAGAGAAGUGAUAUUGGGGAUUCAGAAAUUGGAAAUAAUUCAAUAAAUUGGGUGGCCCCACUAGAGCAGGACGCCCCGUCUAAACCAAAUCCUGUUGAGGAGGCUGGACAUAGAGAGGGGGAGAGUGCUCCAACUGAGAGGCAAGUCUCCCCCGAUAAGCUCUACCGUGCAGCUUUAUUGAGGAAUAGAUUUGCUGACACAAUACUAAAAGCCCGAGAGAAGGCACUAGAAAAGGGUGAAAAGCUGGAUCCCGAGAAAUUGCGAAUUGAAAGAGAGGAACUUGAAAAGCGGCAAAAAGAAGAGAAAGCACGCUUACAAGCUGAAGCCAAAGCUGCAGAAGAGGCUCGAAAGAAGGCUGAAGCAGAAGUUGCAGCCACAGCGAAAAGGCAGAGGGAACUAGAAAGAGAAGCCGCACGUCAGGCACUGCAAAUGAUGGAAAGGACUGUUGAAAUUAAUGAGAAUAGUCAGGUUCUAGAAGAUCUAGAAAUGUUUAGGGCAGUUGUUGAUGAACAUGUGCCAAUUUUCACGGAGGAGACCACCCCGGAGCAUAUUCAGGAUGAGCUUGCCCGGCUUGGUAGUUUUAAGCUACAGGGUAGUAAUCCCUUAGAGCAACUUGGUUUGUUCAUGAAGACAGAUGAUGAUAUAGAAGAAGAAAUUGAACCUCCCCAGAGUGCCCCAGAAUCAGAACCAGAACCAAAACCGGAAAGGGAACCAGAACCUGAACAUGAAGUAGAACGAGAACCAGAACCAGAACCAGAACCAGAACCAGCAAAUGGUGUUGAAGCAAAAGACGUUGAAGAAGGAGAGAUCGAUUGAUCUGUUUUUCUCUUCACGUUAUUGUACCAACCGAGGAACAGAAAAAUGGAGGUUCUGAGGUGCUGUGGGGCAGUGACUUGGGAUACUUUUACCUGGAGUUGUUGGCCACAGUAUCAUCUCUUUCCUGAAAGGGGAAGAAGAUCGACUUAGCCGGAGAAGAAUUGCCAGCAACAGAAAUUGAGUUCUGGGUUGGGUUUUCCAGCUUGUGUUAUGUGAAACGAUUUUUUUGUUCUUCAUACUUUCUCCAAGGGAAAUGAAGGGUGGAAUUUCGAACAUAACUGGAUUCGAUCCAAUCUUGCCCAUGGCUGGGGGAUGUAUGAAUCAGGGGAAAAUCCAAAUUUUUGUGUGUAAAAAGAAAAGUUUAAUCUUAGGUAGAAGGGUCGGCUUAGAAUUGUAAAAUAUCAUUCUCCUCGGGACUAUUUCGGCAUUCUACCCAUUUUUUACUGGGGAAAAAAGAUGUCUUGAUUUGUUGGGAGUUUUUAGGAAGGAAUAAUGGCAGAUUUGGAUUUUGGAAACGAGUUGGAAGAUUUGGUUUCGUUUUCUCUCGUCUUCUUUCAUUCAUA